CCGGCGCUGGAGCGGACCGGAGGCUCCCCGCCCGGCGGACUCACUGGAGCUCGGACGCUGCAGCCGGUUGGGCCGGUGCCCUUUCCCGCUCUGGAGAGGAAGAGAAAUGGAAGUGAAAAAGUUGAGCAUUUCCUGGCAGUUCUUGAUAGUUCUGGUUCUGAUCCUGCAAAUUCUGUCUGCGUUGGAUUUUGACCCAUACAGAGUCCUAGGGGUCAGCCGAACAGCCAGUCAGGCUGAUAUUAAAAAGGCUUAUAAGAAGCUCGCCCGGGAAUGGCAUCCUGACAAAAACAAAGAUCCUGGAGCAGAAGACAAGUUCAUCCAAAUAAGCAAGGCUUAUGAGAUUCUUUCCAAUGAAGAAAAGAGAUCCAAUUAUGAUCACUACGGAGAUGCUGGAGAGAACCAGGGCUACCAGAAGCAGCAGCAACAGCGAGAGUAUCGCUUCCGUCAUUUCCAUGAGAACUUUUACUUUGAUGAGUCUUUUUUUCACUUCCCUUUUAACUCUGAGCGGCGGGGCUCCAUUGAUGAGAAGUAUUUAUUGCACUUUUCACACUACGUGAAUGAAGUGGUGCCAGAUAGCUUCAAGAAACCCUACCUCAUCAAGAUCACCUCAGAUUGGUGCUUUAGCUGCAUCCACAUCGAGCCUGUUUGGAAAGAGGUAGUUCAAGAACUGGAAAGAUUAGGUGUAGGAAUCGGUGUGGUCCAUGCUGGGUACGAGAGACGCCUGGCCCAUCACCUGGGAGCGCACAGCACUCCCUCUAUCCUGGGAAUCAUAAAUGGAAAAAUCUCCUUCUUCCAUAACGCAGUUGUCCGUGAGAACCUACGGCAGUUUGUAGAAAGUCUCCUUCCAGGGAACUUGGUGGAGAAAGUUACAAAUAAAAAUUACAUCCGAUUCCUCUCUGGCUGGCAGCAAGAGAAUAAACCUCAUGUCCUUCUGUUUGACCAAAUGCCCGUUGUACCACUGCUGUACAAGUUGACUGCUUUUGCAUACAAAGAUUACUUGACAUUUGGAUAUGUACGCGUCGGUUUGAGAGAGGCGGAGGAGAUGAAAAGGCAGUACAAUGUCAAUGUCUAUGCCCCCACCAUCUUGAUCUUUAAAGAACACAUAAACAAGCCUGCAGAUGCUAUUCAGGCCCGAGGUAUGAAGAAACAGGUCAUUGACGACUUCAUCACACAAAACAAGUAUCUGCUGGCAGCCAGGCUCACCAGCCAGAGAUUGUUCCAUGAACUCUGCCCCGUGAAACGGUCUCACCGGCAGAGGAAGUACUGUGUGGUUUUACUGACUGCCGAGGCUGCCAAGUUGAGCAAACCCUUUGAUGCUUUCCUGUCCUUUGCCCUGGCAAACACAAAAGACACAGUGAGAUUCGUGCACGUGUACAGCAACCGGCAGCAGGAGUUUGCCAACACCUUAGUACCAGACAGUGAUACGUUUCAAGGAAAAUCAGCGGUGUCGAUCUUGGAAAGGCGCACCACAGGAGGAAGGGUGGUGUAUAAAACCCUCGAGGCUCCCUGGACAGGGAGUGAGAGCGAUAAACUCACGCUUUUGGGCUAUCUGGACCAGCUGCGCAGAGACCCUGCUCUGCUGUCCUCGGAAGCUGUGCUCCCCGACCUGACCGAUGAGCUUGCCCCUAUCUUUCUCCUCCGGUGGUUCUACUCCGCUUCGGACUACAUCUCAGACUGCUGGGACAGCAUAUUUCACAACAACUGGCGGGAGAUGAUGCCCCUUCUCUCCCUGGUCUUCUCCGCCCUCUUCAUCCUCUUCGGCACUGUCAUCGUUCAGGCUUUCAGCGACUCAAACGAUGAGCGAGAGUCAAACCCUCCAGAUAAAGAGGAAGCCCAUGAGAAGGCCGGGAAGACCGAGCCAAGCUUCGCCAAAGAAAACAGCAGCAGGAUUCCUAAGAAAGGCUUUGUGGAGGUAACUGAGCUCACAGAUGUCACAUACACCAGUAACCUGGUCCGCCUGAGGCCAGGCCACAUGAACGUAGUCCUCAUCCUGUCAAAUUCCACCAAGACCAGCCUACUACAGAAAUUCGCUUUGGAGGUCUACACGUUCACUGGGAGUAGCUGCCUGCACUUCUCCUUCCUGAGUCUAGAUAAACACAGAGAAUGGCUGGAAUACUUACUAGAAUUUGCUCAGGAUGCAGCCCCGAUCCCCAACCAGUACGACAAGCAUUUCAUGGAACGUGACUACACAGGUUAUGUGCUGGCUUUGAAUGGCCACAAGAAGUACUUCUGUCUCUUCAAGCCCCAGAAGGCAGUGGAAGAGGAGGAAGCCCUGGGGUCGUGCAGUGAUCUGGACUCUUCCCUCCAUCUGGGCGACUCAAGAGGGAAAUCCUCCUGCGGCCUUGGACCCAGGCCCAUCAAAGGGAAGUUGAGCAAGUUGUCCUUAUGGAUGGAGCGCCUGCUCGAAGGCUCCUUGCAGAGGUUCUAUAUCCCGUCGUGGCCUGAGUUAGACUGAAGGAGCUCAAGGGAGACUUUAACUCUUCCGGCUUUUUAAUAGGCCCCCCGGGAACAGGUCUUUUCAGGACUCAACCUAUCACCACGGACAGAGAAUAGAUUCUAGAUUAUUCUUCCAGAACAACGGCUAGAAGAAUCUUUCCUUUGUCCCGUUCUAACCUAGGAGUGAAAAACACCUCAAGCUGAAUUCCCUAGAUCGAAAUAUUUUCCUUUGGGUUUUUUUCCCCCUCGUUUGAAUGCCGCACUAUUUAAAGUAGACUGCUCAUUCCCCCUUCCUUUGUCAUCCCUGUCCCGUGCUCACGUCACCCUGCCCGGUCCUGUCCCUGUGCUGUGGGAGAAGCACAGGGCGCCCGCCUGCAACAGGAACCCCGCGAGCCUGGAGUGCUGGUGGGGUCCCCGCCCCCGCUGUGCUUCCGCCCGGCGCAUGCUGUGUCAGUGGGACGGCCCGCAGCAGCUUCCAGGCCCUGCAUCCUCAUGGGGCCUGCUUCCAAGCAAUCUCCCAUUUGGUAGUUUUUCUGGUAGUCAGUGGCUAAAAAGUAUAUUUGGGGGGUAUCCCCCUGCCAGCAAUUUGCCAGCCACAUUUAAAAAAACUAGGGAUAAGUGGGGGUCCUGCGAGGGAGUGUGGUUUUCUUCCCGAAACAAGAGAACAGAGGGCUGGGUGGUGAUGGAGGUGACCCCGUAGCGGCCCAGCAGCCGCCUGCCCCAGCGCUAAAUGUAGCCCGGAACGGUCUGCUCCGCAAGAAGUACUGUAAUGACUUUGAGCCAUUUACGUGUAUGUUUUCACACGCCUUUCUGCCUCUGUCAAUUUUAGGGUAUGAAUCUUAGGAGCCAUAUUUGUAAUCUUGUUCUCUGGACGUAGAGAUAAGCUGCUAUAACCCAGUAGAUGUUAAACCGAAGACACCUUUUCCCUGCCUUCCCUGCCAGGAGUCAGGCUCGAGGAACCUCUUCACUCCAGUGGUGUCUCUUUAGUAAAAUACCAGACAUGUCUUUGUAUCAAGGAACUUAAAAAUUUCUCAGCAAUUGUAUUUUGAACACUGUUACCCCAAAAGUGCUGUAACUUUGAGCCCUCUUUUGUGACAAGCGAGCCAAGACUUGUUCUAGAACCCUGUUUGGCAAAAGGCUUCCUUUGAGCUUCUGGCCUAUAUCGUGGUAUCUCAAUUGCUUUCACUCUCAACUCCCAGCCGCCCUACCACUAACACGGUCCGAUCUACCAUCAGCACCCCAGCUUCCAGAACUCCAGUGCGCAGUGGAGCACACCUGCCAGUUAGAGAGUUUGCCUUUUUUUCUCUCUCUUUUUUUAAGGGCAAAACCACCAGUGGAGUUUGAGCAGCUUCAAAGAGUGGUCGGUUCAGAUGUCAAAGAAAAUUGCCCUUUUGUAAAGCAAAGUGUCAGAGUCGGUGAUGGGACAUCUACUAAGUUAGUAUUUCUUUAAUCAUCAUUGCUUUAAACUAAGCCAUUUGGAUCCUGAAUAAUCCAAAUAUUGAGCUACAGUGGCAAGUAAUAAAUUAUUUAAGCCCAGGAAUCCCUAUGGUUUCCAUGGAGUCUAUAGCUUUAUUUAAAAAAAAAAAAAGAAAGAAAGAAAGAAAAAUCACUGCCAGGCUUCCCCCCCCACACCCCCACACCCCCACCACAUGAUCCUCUAAAAAUUAGACACUUACUCUGAAUGCCAUGUCUCCUGGCACCUGUCCCAGGCAGGCGUGAUUAAGGGAUUCAUUUGGCUCCUUGAUGCACCAGCCUCAAAAUUAUUUUCUUGGUCUUUGAUGGCCAAGUUGCUGAUGUGAGUAGUAUUUUGGUUCAGUGGUGGGUUUUUAAUUUCUGGUACUAAUGGGAUCCCUGACCUUAAUUUAUGAAAACCAGCCCCCACCCCACCAGAUUUGUUCAUUUCAAAAAUGUGUCUCAUUAAAAUAAAAAGCACCUUCAGACAGACAGCUGCACCCUCCAUUUGUACUAAGAAAGGAAAGUGAGAAUAGAUAGGAUUAAAAACAUUCCUGGCGAAUUUUUCAGUCCAAAAUUUCUUCCACAGGUCUGUUCAGGGCUGGGAGAGAUGUCCCCCAAGAGGACACUAGGAAGGUUCUACUUUACAUUGAACAUGGCCCUUGACCACCCAAGCCUUUCCUCCUGAAUGUUUCCAUGAAUUUGUUUACUGUUGUGUCAAAUGUAUGAGCCAUCGUCCUGCUCAGCCAAUGCCACCGUCUCUCCUUCUCUUGUGUGGAAUCACACAGACCUAAUUUUGGUUUUAAGUGAACCUCCUGGUCUUUGAAUAUCUUGAGACUGACAGCAUUGUUCUGUCUUUAGAAGUAAGCUCUUCUGAUUGGUAGAGCCCACGCAUCAUAUUUAGCAGAUGGGGAUGAAAACUGGCCUAAAACAAGUCUUUGUAGAAUACACAACUACUUACAAAGUUGGGGUUUUUUUUGUUGUUUUUUUGGGGGUUUUUUUUUAUCAUCCAGGUGCUGGUGGCAUAAUUUGUGUAAGAGAUUGUCAGGUCUGAGUCAGCAGCAUUUCAGUGAGCAAGACUGCCCUGACCUCUGUUGAGGCACCAUGGUCUCUCUCUGCCAUCAGUUACCAACCCUGAAAAUUUGGUCGUACUUUUCAAAGUAAUGGGUUUAUUUCCUCCUCAUCCAGCACAGGCAUGUUUUCCUGUUUUAAAAAGAAAUGAAAUCUGAAUGUGUUUUUUAAUUGACAUGCUUUGUUUGGGAAAAGAGAUGAGAAGCAAACACUCAAACUUUUUUCCCAAGUAAAAUUCUUUAAAUGCCGACGCAGACUAUCUUUGCAGAUGAAAUAUUGCUCACAUCCAAAUGCCUCACCUUGUCCCUUGAACACAAAUGCAGUGUGGCAGCUGCUGAAUCUGUCCGUUGAGCUUGUCGAGGAGGAGGAUGGAGCUUUAGAGACCGAUCUGAAAAGAAGGUGAAUAUUUUGCACUUUUGAUACUCUUAGGAACAAAUAACUUAUUUGGCAAAUGGUGUCUUUUUUAUGUUGUUUUUGUUUUGUAUUGUGAACAGGCACUGAAGCUGAUGUUAUUUUUGUUUUAAGAAUAUUACAGACUGGAAACAAAUAAACUAUUUUAACGUGUGAUGAUUA